AUGAGUGGUCGUUCAAUUACCUCAAAUCUGGUUGAGAAAAUCCAAUUUAUUGCUGAAGCUUUGGAUGAAGGAAGUCAGGUUGAUUAUGGUGUUAUCAAGAUGCCGGUUCUAAGAAGACGGGCCCAGAGCAACGGCAGGGCCAUUAAUGGACUUUUUAUUCACUCCAGCCCUCCCAGAGUGCUCCAAUUAAGUUCGGCACACGUGAAGCAGCUGAUACACAGCGGGGAUAUAGACAAAUUAGAACAGGCCGUGCUAGAAGGCCAAGGCAAAAAACUCGUAGGAGAGUACUCGGCAGACUACAAGACAAGGACUUUUUUGAAAUCGAUACCGGCGUUAAUGUCGAAAAUCUCCCUCCUGCACGACGCAGUGAACAGCGGACGACUAGAAGAACUGCAAUCGCUUUUAGAAGAGGAACCGGAUAAGAAGAAACGAUUAGUCCUUGCCAAGGACGAAUCAGGAGUGGGACUUCUACACAAAGCGGUCUAUUACGACCUGAAGGACAUAUCCAGAUGGUUGAUUGACAAAUUCCCACACAUUAUAUCGUUAAGAGACGCGGAAGGUCGAACGGCAUAUCACUACACGCCUAUGUGCAGGGACCCUCAAAACGCCCAAAAACUUUUAACGAACGCUGGUGCAGAUCCCUCAUCGCUAGACGUCCACCAGCAUUCUGCCAAAUACUACAUGGACCAUAAGCAAGAAUUGGAAUUACCCAAUGGAGAAAAGCCGACGCCGAAAGCUAGAAAAAGCGUAGUUACCAGUGACAGUCUCAACUUCAAGAAGUCCAACAUCAGGAUAUGGAUCCACCAGAGGAACCUGACCAACCUGCAGCAGGUCGUGUGGGAGGGACACGGGUCCAAGCUGUUGGUGGAGCACAGCAACAAUCCCAAAAUCAAGAAGUUCUUGGAGGCUGUGCCCCACAUUAUGGGCCUGAUUAAGGAAAUCCAUACAGAUGUUCAGAACGGUGACCUUGAAAGCUUGAAAAACCAUGUGAGUCCGCCAAUACCUCCAAUGGUUCUUUCAGGAAAAGAUGCUAAUGGCCUAACAGCUUUACACAAGGCCGUGGGUCUGGGUAAGGAAGACAUAGUUCAAUAUAUAGUGCAAGAGUACCAAAAUUGCAUUAGCGCCACCGACAAUGAGGGAAGAACCCCUUUACACUAUGCGGCACUUCUAAAAGAUGAUGGAAAAAUGACAAAUUUUCUUAUCGAACACGGUGCUGAUGAAUCUGCAUUGGACAAUAAACAAAAAACAGCAGCCUACUACAAGACCAGAAACUCAGAGCUCGAUGCUAAAUUAUUAAAUGUCGUUCCGGAAUGUCCUAGAUCUGCCAAGGAGUCGUUUGCAGCAAACUUCGACUGGAGCAUGUUAACAUCUUCAAUACCACUGAAUGGAGUUAAAGAAGUAGUCCACAAAGCGGAAAAAUUGAUCGAAAAUUCAACGGAAAAAGAGACAGAAGAAGUAAAAGAGAACGGAAAAGAGGAAGACAAACCGGAGGAACAGAGUGAAGAAAAGGAAGAAAACAAUAACAAUGAUAACCAUGGUACCGAUGAAAAUUCAAAUACGAAUGAAGGAGAACAGCAAGAAAGGGAAGAAGUAAAAGAAGAAAAGAGAGUAGAGAAGGAAGAACAAAUAAGUCCAAAUGAUUUGCCAGAAGAAAAUGAUAAGGAAGCACCAAAUAAUAACGACACAAAUGACAAUGAUGAAGUAGUUGAAGAAAAAGUAACUGAACAAAUCAACACUGAAGUAGAAGCUGUCAAGGAACCAACUAAAGACGAAGAUGAAAAUGAGGAAGUGCACGAAAAAAAUAUCACUUCGAAAGAAGAAGAAAUUAAUAACAACGACGAUAAGCAUCCCGAAAGCAACGGUGAUACACAAGAAAACAGUAAACAAGAUGACGACGUCAAGAAUAUCAGUGACUUAACAGCGACUGAAGAGCCAGUUCAAGAGGAUGAAAAGCCAGACAAUGAGAAAUCUGAAGAGUCAGAACUGCCAAAAUCAAGACCGUCAAGCGUAAUAAACACAAACAUGCGCCCCCACAGUCAAGUAGGAGGCAUCUCCAGACCACCGAGUCAGCUACAACAAAGCAGACCGAGCAGCAAAAUAAAUUCCACCACGCGACCGAAUAGUAGAGCUGUUGAAAACGAGCAGAACCAACAGGAACACCACAAAACUCUAGAGCCUGUGGUAGACGGUGAAGGUAUCAUCGAAGGGGUGGUUAACGGGGAAGAUGAAGUUGAAACGUUAAAUAAUGAGGGGCAGAAUCAGAGAAACGGCUCUUCGUUAGGAAGCGAGGAAGAGGUGAAGGCCUUAGUAGAAGCUGGGAAUAUGGAGCAACUCGCUGCUCUAGUUUUGAAUGGAGAUGGAGAGAAAUUGGUUGGUCAGAGUAGCGACAAUCCUGAGCUGCAGUCUUUUUUGGAGAAUGUUCCUGUCUACAUGUCUAAAAUCAACCGAAUACAUGAAGCUGCUCGAAAUGGUAGUCUGAGAGAUUUACAAGCCGCCUUAGAUCGUCGCAAAUUUGCUAUAGCAAAGGAUACAGUAUCUCCAAAAGGUGCCUCGCCGCUACACGUGGCAGUCAUAUUCGGAAACACGAGCAUCGUGAGGUAUUUAGCCGGAAGGUUCCCGGAAACCGUGCAAGUUAUUGAUGACGACGGCAGAACGCCACUCCAUUACGCCGCCGUUCUAUCAGAUAACGGACAUUACUAUAACCUGCUUGUGCAUUUGGGCGCCGACACGAGGACCCAGGAUAAGUUCGGCAACACGCCGGAGUAUUACAGGAAAAACCAGGCAGACUUCUCGCACAGGUCCCUGCUGAAGGACUUUGGCGCAGAAGAACAAGUCGCAGACGAAAUUUUGACAGACAAAGUGCCCGCGGACACAUUUUCUGCACGCAAAGACCUGGACGACGAGGACAUGUUGGCAGUGCUGGAGCGCUGCUACAACGUCCUGCACGGUCGCAGGAAUUCCAACGUUUCGACCUCCUCUGCCACCACCACGUCCUCUACUUUAGGAUCCGUGCCCAUUCUAAACAAACAUAUAAAAAGGUACGUCUUCGACAGCGUCAAGUAUCGGUUGACCAAGCUAGAUCACAACCUCUACGACGUAAUAUGGCCCAGCGUGAAGAAGCUGCCUACGGAUUUGAGUUUUCGUAUAGCUUUGGAGCAGGAUUUCCCCCUUGGGAUUGUCGCGCCGGAUUUCUACGUUUACAAAGUUUUCAGGGAAUUCUUAGAGCCUAUUAUCAAGGAAUAUAACGCUGUAGACUUGCACCGUAAGCUGCCGCUGCACCCUGAUAGUAAAUUCGUGCAAAAUCCGAGGGAUGACGACAUUAUUGAUGUGGAAAUGGACUUAGAUCCGCACGUGAAGUGGAUUAUUUCAGGAACACUGGACGCUACAAGGAACCUAGCGGACUUCGAACUGCCAAAGUCACUAAAUCAUGGCGAACUGGAACUGGUAGAAAGAAUUACAACUUCCGUCUUACUCAGCGAAGAAGUGGCCAAAGCUUUAUAUCCCCUUACCUCCUACGAAGAAAUAGAAGAAAAGGGAAGCGGAACUUACUACACAAUGAACGAGGUGCUUGAAGAACCGUCAGAAGCGAGGAUUCUUUUAGCCAGUAAUGGCUUGCUGAUUCCUCUCUGGAAUAUCCCUGAUUCCGACCGCCUUCACGGAAGGUUCUGGCCGUAUGGGAGAGGAGUUUUUGUUAAUAAUAGCGCGAAUUUAGCGGUUUGGAUUAACGUUUUGGAUCACAUAAGGAUAGUAACUUGUACUUCUCAUAUGCAUCCUGGAAACAUAGGCCAAGUAUACUCUAGAAUAGCAAGACUGAUGCUAGUUUUGGACAAACAUUUAAACUUUCGUUUCGAUAAGAAAUUGGGGUACCUCACGGCUAGACCAUCCGCCCUUGGUAGUACCCUACAAUUUAGCCUGACUCUAAGAUUUCCCUAUCUGAUCAAAGAACCUGAUAAUUUGAGACAUUUAUGUGCUGUGAGAGGUCUAACAUAUAACAGAAGUACAAGUACAACGGACAUAGUCAGAAUCGGCAAUCAACAAUGCUUGGGCAUAACAGAGCUGCAAUGCUUUGAAGACUUUUGCACUGCUGUAGCUAAUAUGUUGCAACUAGAAAAAGAUUUAGCUAUGUCAAACUCACUACACAUCGCUGCCAUGUUUCUAAACAUGUUCAGAAAGAAGAAGAUGGAAGAUAAUGUUAACAAUAUGGACAAUGGACAGGUUGACAUGCCUUUUUUUGCCACUGAAGAGGGUCGUUACUUAGCAUCUUCUCUAGGUGACCCUUUGAUAAAGGGACUAACUGAGGUUGCUAACAAACGUCCUGAAGACCCCAUAGCCUACUUGGCACAGUAUCUCUACAAUUUUGCUAACACCAGAAACAGUGUAAAAUCAAGAGGGAGGACUCAGGAAAAUCAGCAGAUUGUGACGGGUUCUCCAGCACCCGUCAACGACAACAAUGCCAUACCCGCUAGCAUUGACGUCGUUACUGUGGAACCCGACGAUAGUAAUUCUGAUGAAGAGUCUGCGUUCAAUAACACCAGCAGGGAUGAACACGGACAGAGCAUGCUACACUUUGCAGCAGCCCGAGCUCAUGGACGUAAUGCGCUCUUUCAGCUACUUUUAGAAACUGAAAUAAAUGUAGCCUUUAGAGACGAGCUGUACAGAACUGCCAGGGACAUCACCAUCCAGGCUAAUAUUCCUGAAAACACUGAAGAAAUUGACAGAUACGUUCUGCACAUAGCCACAAAAGGUGACACCGACAAGCUGGUGGAACUAUUAUUGGAUGGAUAUGACCACAUCACCGACAUUGUAGAUGACGAAGAGGUACCCAUAAUAGAAGCCGUUUCUAAAGCUAACCAAUCAGAUACUGUCUCUUUCCUGCAGUCUAUACUAGCUUUUGAGGAAAAACGUGAACGAGUCCAUCAUGCCAUUAGACAAGGUUCUAUAAACGACGUUACAGCGUUGCUGGCAGAUGAAAAUGACACUGGAAGCGGAAAACUCUUGGCAAUAGGGAAGAAUAACUACGGAAGGUGUACUUUACAUAUCGCUGUGCUUUGCCAGCAAGAGGAAAUAGUUGACUAUUUAGCAAAUACUUUCCCUGAAACUCUAAAACUUGGAGACAACUUAGAAAGGACAGCACUACACUAUUCCAUGGGUAUAGAGAAGAUGGAGAUCAUCAGCAGGGUACUUAUUAAAGCGGGCGCUCGAAGGGUAACCAAGGACCUUAAGGGCAGACAGCCCACUUAUUACUUUUUAAACAAAUCGGAAAUACUGAGACUUCAAGAAGAGGAGGAGACAUUUUAAGAGAAAGGCUGAGUAUUCUAAGGAUCAAAUAUAAUGUAGUUAAUUGUUAGUCAUUGUCCAGGAUGGGAAGAAGGUAUUGGUUUUUUGGGGAGUGUUAAGUAUAGAUAGAUAUCCGUCUGUUACACUUAUAUUUUUGUAUAUGUAAGUAUUUAUUGUGUCACUUACUUUUCUGACCAUUUUGCUACAUCUAAAAUAAAUGUGUUUCUGAGGCAAGUUUAAUUUAUGUUUUCUAUUUUUAAAAUUAGAUUUAAAUUUACAUCAAACAUACUUAAUUUGACGGUAUUAAUGCUAAUAGCAACUACUUGAAAUGUUUUGCACAAAUAUCACAGCAGUCUAUGACUAUAAUCUACUAGUGUGAAGCUAUUAAAAUCUAAAAAUUGGACAAAUUUAAUUUAAUAUGUGACAAAGUGCUUUAAAAAGUGAAAAAAAAUAUUGCCACUCAGAAAUGUUGGGCUUGGGGAUAUAAUUACAACACAAAGAAGAGCUUACUAAAAGCUUUUAAAAUUAAUAGAAAAAACUAAAAUAUAUUGACGUUUUUUCAUACUCUACAGCAUUUUGAAAAUUAAAUGAGUCAGUAUUUUUAUAGACUAUUUAUGAUUAGAUAUAUUAUUGAAUUUAAAGUACUUCAAAUUAAAAUAUAUUUGUA